AUGCCGAGUCUUGACAUUAAUGGAUUACCACAAACUGAGGAGGAAAUCGAUUUUACAGAUAUAGAAGAGAAGUAUAAAGUUUCUUUUGAAAAAGGGCUUGAUACAAUUAUAGUAGUUGAUAAUGCACCGGUUGUUGAUCAGAGUAGAGUAGCUAAAUUAUUAACUUUCAUAAAAAAGAUUUUUAAGAAUGUUGGUGAGAUUAAGGAAAAUGGCAUUUUCAUGCCAAUGGAUCCUGAACCUGAACCUGAAACUGGGAAAUUAAAAUCAAGAGGUCUAGCAAUUAAACAGUAUGAUGGAUAUCCUAUGGAUAAAACACAUUACCUUGCUUUAAAUCAUUUUACUGAUAUUGAAAAAUAUUCACAAAUCGAAGAAGAAUACAAAGAGCCAGAAGAAGAAAAAUUUGUGGAAAAG